AUGCUCGCUCUCAACACCGUCGUCGACGGUGGGAGAUUCCACAUCCUCGACAUCCUAGGAAAGGGUGGCAGCGGUGUCGCUUAUCUUGCUUUCGAUUUGCAUCGCUCAACAUCUAAUACUGCCAAGUACUACGCCAUCAAGUGUCUUCUUCGCAAAAGUGACCAGUCGGACCUCCUGCGUGAAGUCCAACUCCACAAAUGCGUGUCCAAACAUGAAAAUAUUGUGACAUUGCGUCGAUGUGUUCCAGAGGGUCAGUUCCAGAUCCUUAUCAUGGACUACUGCGCAGAUGGGGAUCUUUUUCGGCUCAUUAUCCAGCAGCACCGAUAUUUUGGAAACGACGAACUUAUAAAAGAUGUAUUUCUCCAAAUCAUCGACGCUGUCGCCUAUUGUCAUUCCCGAGGCAUCUAUCAUCGCGAUCUCAAGCCAGAGAAUAUCCUCUGUAGCCAUGAUGGAACCAAAGUGUACCUGACUGAUUUUGGCCUCGCAACUCAGGAGCCCAUUAGUCAUGACGUGGGCAUUGGAAGUGGAUAUUAUAUGAGUCCCGAAUGCAACGCCGGUCCGAAAUAUGACUCAGCGAUGAACGACGUUUGGUCACUGGGAGUAAUCCUCAUGAAUCUUUGUUACGGUCGCAACCCUUGGGCGCGCGCGGAUCUCUUAGAUGAGACCUUCCGUGCAUUUCUCAGUGAUCCGAACUACCUCGCGUCUAUUCUUCCUAUCCCUCCUGCAGUGAACAGCAUCCUAAAAGGCCUAUUUGCUCUGAAUCCAGGAUGUCGAAUGACUUUAGAUCAGCUGCGCACUGCAAUCCUGAAAGUGGAUCACUUUAUCAUGAGU